AUGUGGCUGUCCGGCGUCGCCAUCGCUUCGGUUUACGGGGUCAUUAGCGUGUUGGGUCUGAUCGGCAACAUCACCCUCAUCAAGACCUUCUGCUCGGCCAAGUCCACGCGCAAUGUGCCCAACCUCUUCAUGUCGAGCCUGGCGCUCGGGGACGUGCUGCUGCUGGUGACCUGCGCUCCGGUGGACGCCAGCCGCUACCUGUCAGAGGAGUGGCUGUUCGGCAGAGUGGGCUGUAAAGUCAUCCCCUUCAUUCAGCUCACCUCGGUCGGUGUGUCGGUGUUCACUCUCACUGCUCUCUCUGCUGACAGGUACAAGGCCAUAGUGAAGCCGUUGGACAUCCAAACAUCAACCACCACAAGCAGCAUAGUCCUGAGGGCAGCUCUCAUCUGGCUCUUCUCCCUGGUCCUUGCGAUCCCCGAGGCCGUCUUCUCUGACCUCCACACUUUCAACCUCCCCUCAACCAAUGAAAGCUUCAAAACCUGUGCCCCUUACCCCCACGCUGGGGACCUGCACCCUAAGAUCCACUCCAUGGCUUCCUUCCUUAUUUUCUACGUCAUUCCCCUGCUGAUCAUCUCUGUGUACUACACCUUCAUUGCCCGGAGCCUGAUGAGGAGCGCCUCAAACCUGCCUGUAGAGGGCAACGUGCACGCGAAACGACAGGUUGAAUCAAGAAAGCGUUUGGCGAAGACCGUGCUGGUGUUCGUUGGCCUCUUUGCUGUUUGCUGGCUUCCCAGUCACAUCAUCUACUUGUACCGCUCCUACCACUACUCCCAGGUGGACACCUCGCUGGUUCACUUUGUUUGCAGUGUCACAGCUCGUAUCCUGGCUUUCACCAACUCCUGCCUCAACCCGUUCGCCCUUUACCUGCUGAGCAAGUCCUUCAAGAAGCAGUUCCAGCAGCAGCUUUGUUGCUGCUGUCGUAUGAUCCUCACACACUCCUCACAGAGCCCGACACAUUACAACACACGUGUGACCUCCAUCCGCAGCACACACUACUCUGUAGCAAGUCUGAGCCUCAUCAACGGCAGACAGAUCUUUCAGGAGGACUGUGUGUGAGCGAGUGUGAGUGUGUAGUGAAGUGUUGUGUAGUGUAGUUAUGUGUGUUGUCCAAAUAAAAACACAAUUUUCCACUUGCCACUCACCACAAAUCCAAAUUAAGUGCAGCUUGAUAAAUAUAAAUGUGGACAGAACAGAACGUCUUUAAAUGCGGGAUGAUCAGUCACAGCUCAGGUGCAGAUUUCACAUCUUCAGUUAUACCAGUUGUGUAAUAAAGCACAGUGAUGCUUCAAGCUGAAAACGAACAUCUUUAACACGUUAACAUUCUCAGAGGGAUAACACAACCACGGUCUGUAUAAAGAUGGACGACUAAAGUGAAGCCAUAGUGUCACCUGGAGGUCAUAAACCUCGCUUCCUCCAUGUUAGUGGAUCGGACAUGGACCGAACUAAAAAGUCAAAGUACCCAUCUUUUUUCAAAGAUGGUUUCUUUCAUUUGCGGUAGUUCUAAUCACGUUGUUAAAUGUAAAUUUUUCCCAAAAAUGUGUAGUAAUUUGAUUCUAUAAAAUCGGGGUGACACAUCAUGAUUGACAGCUGAGACGGACCUCGACAGCGCAGCUCCACCCCAGUGGACAGACUCUGGCUCUACUUGAAGAU